UUGCAGUAGGCCGAGAUUCCGGCAUUGUACUCCAGCCCAGGCAACAACAGUGAGACUCCAUCUCAAGGAAAAGGAGGUGCUCAUGAAGAGGUGUAUCCUGAAUCCGAAUCUGUGUGGCCGAGGGAUCCAGGGAGAUGCAGGAGAGGUCGGCCCUCUCCUCUGCAGCAUCCAACCCAGGCCUUUCCCUCCAGCAGGUGUCGCCUCUUCCUCUGUGGCUGCUGUGCCAGCACUGGCCUCCCACCCACCGCGCACCUCCAGCUCCUCUUGCCUCUGGAGGCUGAGCCCGGGCCAGGCCAAGCGGUUUCUCUUCAGCUACUAGAGCAGCAGGUGGGCCGGGAGAGGCAGGCUCAUCCUCCCUCAGGCCUCAGGCAACGCAGGGUCGGGAGGCCUCGAGGGGACUGGCCCUCUCACACUCCUGAGUGCAGAGGAGGCAUGGGCUUGGGGACUGGGCUCACAAGGCUGACAGCUGCCUCCAGUGGCCCUGAAGCACCCGUGCAACGCGUGGUAUUAGGCUGGGGUCCUUAAAGGCAGAGGCGGGGACAGGCAUUUUGGUGCACUAAGGGGUCUACUGGGGAGGCCGAUGCCUGGGCCGGAUCCACCUUGAGCUGUGGACAGAGUUUCUCACGAGGCUGUGCAGUGGGGCCAGGACGCCCACACUUGUGUCAUCACCCAGUCAUUGGGCAGGGGCCUCCGGGGUGCAUCUGUAGCCUCCCAGGCAGUCCUGGGGCAGGGACAGCCGUGAGUGGCUGGCAGUGAUGCCCCAGCCCCAGGGAAUGGGUACUGGGCUCAGAGAAGGGGACUCAGGGGCCCCAGCAGCAGCUCCAGGGGAUGUUGACACACCCAUGGCCCAGCAGAGCACGGGCUGCCCGCCGGCUGCUGUGGUGUGGUGCUGGGGAGGGAGGUCUGCAGCGGCCAGAGAGGACGGCCCUUGACAGCUGCAGGCACUGCGGGACUCUGUGCUGCCUGGGUGGGGCCUGUGGUGGGCGGAGCUGCAGCAGGGAUGGGGCAGGGGUGGGGCCAAGUCCCAGUUGGGAGCAGCCCGGGGUCCUGUGGGGUCAGAGGCCUGUUUUCCAGGCCUGGGUACCUGCUGAAGCUCUGGUUACUGGCACCAGUCUGCAAACAGGACCAGAGUGGACCAGCGCACCCCAGGAGAGAAGACUGGGGUCCUGGGAGGAGGAGGAGCCGGAGCACCAUGAGCUCCCGAGCCCCUGCACACCUCGGCCUCGGCCUCUGCCUCUGGCUGUGGCUGAGCACCACCCUGGGAAGAGAGCAAGGACAAGCAAGUGGCCACCUGAGGCUGACUGUGCUGCCUGAGGACCGGCUGCAGAUGAAGUGGAGAGAGUCGGAGGGGAGCGGCCUCGGCUACCUGGUGCAGGUGCAGCCCAUGGCAGGGGACUCGGAACAGGAGGUGAUACUGACCACCAAGACCCCUAAGGCCACAGUGGGGGGCCUGAGCCCCUCCAAGGGCUACACCUUGCAGAUCUUCGAGCUCACUGGCUCUGGGCGCUUCCUGCUGGCUCGGAGGGAGUUUGUGAUUGAGGAUCUGAAGAGUAGCUCCUUGGACAGGAACAACCAGAGACCUCUCAGCAAUGGAGCCCCGGAGCCCACCCCCUCCCUCAUUGGGAGCCCAGACCCUGAGCAGGCUUCCGAGCCCCGAGUUGCCUUUGUGCCAAGCCAGGAUCCGCCCAUUCCUGGUGGGUCAGAGUGGAGGGAGACCAGCCCCCAGUUCCGCUGCCUACCCCCUGUGCCUGCUGACAUGGUCUUCCUGGUGGACGGGUCCUGGAGCAUCGGCCACAGUCACUUUCAGCAGGUCAAGGACUUCCUGGCCAGCGUCAUUGCACCCUUUGAAAUCGGGCCAGAUAAGGUCCAAGUAGGCCUGACUCAGUACAGCGGCGAUGCCCAGACUGAGUGGAACCUGAACUCCUUUGGCACCAAGGAGCAGGUGCUGGCAGCUGUGCGCCGCCUCCGCUACAAGGGGGGGAACACGUUCACAGGCCUCGCCCUGACCCAUGUGCUGGGGCAGAACCUGCAGCCGGCGGCCGGCCUCCGUCCAGAGGCGGCCAAGGUGGUGAUUCUGGUGACGGACGGCAAGUCCCAGGACGAUGUGCACACUGCUGCUCGUGUCCUCAAGGACCUGGGCGUGAACAUCUUUGCUGUGGGUGUGAAGAACGCCGAUGAGGCUGAGCUGAGGCUCUUGGCGUCCCCGCCGCGGGACAUCACCGUCCACAACGUGCUGGACUUCCCGCAGCUUGGCGCACUGGCUGGCCUGCUCAGCCGCCUCAUCUGCCAGAGGCUGCAGGAUGGGGGCCCGCGGCGGGGCCCAGCAGCGGCUCCAGCCCUGGACACCCUCCCCGCCCCCACCGGCCUGGUCUUGAGCCAGGUGACCUCCUCCAGCAUCCACGUGUCCUGGACUCCAGCCCCCCGGCUCCCUCUCAAGUAUCUGAUUGUUUGGCGAGCCUCCAGAGGUGGCACCCCCAGGGAGGUGGUGGUGGAGGGGCCUGCCGCCUCCACAGAGCUGCACAACCUGACCUCCCGCACAGAGUACCUGGUCUCCGUGUUCCCCAUCUACGAGGGCGGGGUUGGCGAGGGCCUGCGGGGCCUGGUGACCACAGCACCUCUGUCUCCGCCCCGGGCGCUGACCCUGGCCACAGUGACUCCCAGAACCGUCCACCUCACCUGGCAGCCCUCGGCCGGGGCCACCCACUACCUGGUGCGAUGCUCACCUGCUUCCUCCAAGGGUGAGGAGGAGGAGCGAGAGGUGCAGGUGAGGCGGCCCGAGGUGCUGCUGGAUGGCCUGGAACCAGGCAGGGACUAUGAGAUCUCGGUGCAGAGCCUGCGAGGCCCUGAGAGCAGCGAGGCCCGGGGCAUCCGUGCCAGGACCCCCGUCCUGGCCCCCCCGAGACACCUGGGCUUCUCAGACGUGAGCCACGACACAGCGCGAGUGAUCUGGGAGGGCGCCCCAAGGCCUGUGCGCCUGGUCAGGGUCACCUAUGUCUCCAGCGAGGGUGGACACUCGGGGCAGACAGAGGCUCCUGGGAAUGCCACCUCGGCCAUGCUGGGGCCCCUCUCUUCCUCCACCACCUACACUGUCCGUGUCACCUGCCUCUACCCUGGGGGUGGCUCCUCUACGCUGACCGGCCAGGUCACCACCAAGAAAGUUCCCAGCCCAAGCCAGCUGUCCGUGACGGAGCUGCCAGGGGACACAGUCCAGCUGGCAUGGGUGGCCGCAGCCCCAUCUGGGGUGCUUGUCUACCAGAUCAAGUGGACGCCCCUGGGAGAGGGGAAGGCUCACGAGAUCUCUGUCCCAGGGAACCUCGGCACGGCCGUCCUGCCUGGCCUAGGGAGGCACACGGAGUAUGACGUCACCAUCCUGGCCUACUACAGGGACGGCGCCCGCAGUGACCCUGUGUCCCUCCGCUAUACCCCCUCCACGGUGAACAGGAGCCCCCCCUCCAACCUGGCCCUGGCCUCGGAGACCCCCGACAGCCUGCAGGUCAGCUGGACACCCCCACGUGGCCGCGUGCUCCACUACCGGCUCACCUACACGCCCGCCUCUGGCUCAGGACCCGAGAAAUCCGUCUCCGUGCCAGGACCCAGGAGCCACGUGACACUCCCCGACCUGCAGGCAGCCACCAAGUACAGGGUCCUGGUCUCAGCUGUCUACGCAGCAGGCAGGAGUGAGGCUGUGUCUGCCACGGGCCAGACAGCCUGCCCAGCCCUCCGCCCGGACAGCUCCCUCCCAGGGUUUGACCUGAUGGUGGCCUUCGGCCUGGUGGAAAAGGCUUACGCUUCCAUCCGGGGCGUGGCCAUGGAGCCCUCUGCCUUCGGUGGGACCCCAACCUUCACGCUUUUCAAGGACGCCCAGCUGACAAGACGGGUCAGUGACGUCCACCCAGCCCCGCUCCCUCCAGAGCACACCAUCGUCUUCCUUGUGCGCGUGCUUCCCGAGACGCCCCGUGAGGCCUUUGCGCUGUGGCAGAUGACGGCCGAGGACUUCCAGCCCGUCCUCGGGGUUCUGCUGGACGCCGGGAGGAAGUCCCUGACCUACUUCCACCGCGACCCCAGGGCUGCCUUGCAGGAGGCCACCUUCGACCCACAGGAAGUGAGGAAGAUUUUCUUCGGGAGCUUCCACAAGGUGCACGUGGCUGUGGGCCGCUCCAAGGUCAGGCUCUAUGUGGACUGCCGAAAGGUGGCUGAGCGGCCCCUCGGGGAGGUGGGCAGCGCACCCUCUGCCGGCUUCAUCACACUGGGGAGGCUGGCCAAGGCCAGGGGCCCCAGGAGCAGCUCGGCCGCGUUUCAGCUCCAGACACUGCAGAUCGUGUGCAGUGACACCUGGGCCGACGAGGACCGGUGCUGUGAGCUCCCUGCCUCGAGGGAUGGAGAGACCUGCCCGGCCUUCGUGUCUGCCUGCUCCUGUUCCUCAGAGACCCCUGGGCCCCCAGGGCCCCAGGGACCCCCAGGCCUCCCUGGGAGGAACGGCACUCCGGGAGAGCAGGGCUUCCCCGGGCCCAGGGGAGAGCCCGGGCCACCCGGACAGAUGGGACCAGAAGGUCCUGGAGGCCAGCAGGGGUCACCGGGGACCCAAGGCCGUGCAGUCCCGGGGCCUGUGGUGAGUGUCACCCAUUCCCCGCCCUCCUGCCCUGUGCCCCCUCCGCUUCACUGUCCAGCCCAUCUCCCCCUCCAGGGUCCACCAGGGGUCAAAGGAGAGAAAGGAGACCAUGGGCUCCCAGGCCUGCAGGGCCACCCCGGCCACCAGGGCAUCCCCGGGAGAGUUGGCCUCCAGGGACCAAAGGGAAUGAGAGGCCUGGAGGGAACUGCUGGCCUGCCCGGACCCCCUGGCCCCAGGGGGUUCCAGGGCAUGGCAGGGGCCAGGGGCACUACUGGAGAGAAAGGACCCCCAGGGGCCGUGGGGCCCACAGGGCUGCCGGGGCCCAAAGGGGAACGAGGAGAGAAGGGCGAGCCGCAGUCCCUCGCCACCCUCUACCAGCUUGUGAGCCAGGCCUGUGAAUCCGCCAUCCAGACACACGUGUCAAAGUUUGACUCCUUCCACGAGAACACCAGGCCCCCAAUGCCCAUCUUGGAGCAGAAGCUGGAGCCGGGCACUGAGCCCCUGGGGUCCCCUGGCACCCACAGCAAGGACCUGCUUCCUGGAGAAUGGAGACAUGGUAGCCGCCACCUAGAGGGCAGAGGGGAGCCUGGAGCUGUUGGUCAGACGGGCAGCCCUGGGCAGCAGGGGGGCUAGCACCCAGGGCCUCUGGGAGCGACAGGACAUUUUCUGCACUGUCCCGAGGAACCCUGCGCCUUCCUCCAUGGUUUGUCUGGACACCAAGAGCGACCACAUCCUGGAAAAGCCAGGAGAAAAGCUCAGGAAGCACCUGCAGGUGGAAGGAGAGGGAAGGAGCAACCUUGGCCAAGGCCCACCCCACACCCUUGGCUCUGUAGCAUUUCCAAGUUCAGAUAAACCACCGAGUGCUCACCCA